AUGAGUGUUAAAAAAUACGCACAGUAUGUUCAGCUCAACGUCCUACCAACUUUGCUGAAAAACGGACCCGAUCCUAAAUUACUUGCCUUCCGUGUUUUCAAUGGGCCCGCACUACGAGUCCACUGCCAGCGCCUUCUCUACUUCAUCAUCUUCUACGCCCUUCUUGCAGCCUUCUUCUUCAACUACCUGAAUUGGCUAAUGUAUUUUCAAGUAUCACGUGACUAUCCCAAGCUGACAGGGCUCCACAGUGCCCUACGUAUGAAUCCCGGCCUCAGUUUCGUGCCUCAACCGGACCUAUUUAACAGUCUAAUUCGCAUUCGGACGACGGUGCCUCUGCCAAUAUAUUCCCUGAUAGAUCAGGUCGCCGCCUUCCUCCAGUCCUACCAGGACAACAGCGGUUGCACGGAGAUGGAGGACUGUGUGCAGGAGGGAGGUCUGACCCAGGAUCCGGAGCGUCCCUGUGUCUAUGAUCUGAAUGCUGGAGGACCCUGCAACCUAGCCAAUGGUUUUGGUUAUGACGCCCUACAACCCUGUUUCGCCCUGAAAAUGAACAAAAUUUAUGGCUGGUUGCCAGACCCAUUCUCGGCGAUCCCACCGGGCAAAAAUCCCGGCAACUUGGACAAUGGCACAUUUCGGUCCAUGUACUUUCCCUAUCGAAACCAAGCUUGUUAUCAGCAACCGCUGGUUUUUGUGCAAUUUAUUGGCAUGGCUAGAUAUACACUCAUUCGAGUGAAAUGUCACCUGAUUGCAAAGAAUAUUCAUGUGGACCUUGCACGGCGUGAGGGCAGCGUCUCUUUUGAAAUACUGGCUGAUUAG